AUGAUUGUUGAACUACACUCAGACGUGUUGUUACACGUAUCCGAUUUAUUUGCACGAGGAGUAGAAAACAAACUUGGAUUGUUAUUAGGAUAUGGUUUAGAUGAUAGAUUGGUUGUGGUGAAACCCAUUGAACUUGCACAAGUGGACCCGCAGUAUUUGGAGAAACGAUAUAGUUUGUUUAAAGACGUUUACCCCAAUCUUUCCAUUGUGGGUGUCUAUGAAAUUGGAGGGAACAAUCCGGAUAGAGCUAAUAUCUUAGAUAUCCCAGCUGGUCGCAUACUUUAUGUAUCAGUUGAUCACAACAUCCAAUUCAAGAGUUUUAUCGAUGGAGAUUUGGUAAAAACAGUGAUUGAAUCUAGUGAAACAGAGGUCAUAGCAACCAAAACUAUUGAUACAAACAAGGAGUACACCAAGGGGAGACCCAAAGACGAGUUGACAGUUGCCGAAUUUAAUCAGAAUAUGGUGAACACAUUAACAAAGUUGUAUGAGAGGUUGACUAAGAUAUUGGAAACUAAGGGUAUGGAUAAAGAAAUUGUUGAGAUUGCCAACGCAUUGCGUUGUUACAAACAUGUCAAACAAUCGACAGACAUGAAAUUGCAAGCUGCAGAGUUGGCAUUAAUUACGGAACAGAUUGCUGAAUUGGAAAGGACAAAAAUAGGAAUUGCUAAAAAGAUACUAGUUAAAGAGCCGGGUCUUGUGUAG